AUGAAUUCUGGCUCUGCAACGCAGGAAAGCAACGUAAAUUGUAGAGGAAAAUCGAAAACAAGUGAAUUGGACGAGGAAUGUGACGAGUUAAUUAUAAUACAUGAAGAAAAUACUUCUAAUGUGGCCGCUCAACCUCCCAGUGAUAAUGUGCAAGCAGAAUCGACUACGAAUUGUGACGAAGACUCCUUAAUACACACUGUAAGAUCAAUUCUAUUCCCAUCCUUGAAUCAAGUCAACCUGUCCCGGAUCAGCCUAGAGUUGUUGCAACCCAAUUAUCCAUGCCUAAUGUGUCUAUCCCUGCUUGUUUAAUGAACUGUGUGUAUGUGUUUUUACCUCGAUCUGUUUAGUCAGACGGUUGAACUCAUGGCCCAAUCAGAGUAUUUUGUGAACUGUUAUUUUUGCUGACCCAUGUCUAACUUUGUACUAUUCUGUCGAGUUUAUCUUAUUUAUUGAUUUUCAUCUGUAUUUUCCUACCUGGUUAAGUAGCCAAUUAAAUUCUAUCUUUGUGCCUAUGCUAGGUCUAUCUCUCUUAAACGCUCUCUGUUUUAUGCCAUACCUUACUUGGGUUCAUUCUUCGACUGACUGCUUACCUGAACGGUCGUGUCUGGUUCCGGCUAGUUCGCAAUUUUGGUUUUAACGUUAUUCCGCUCUGAUAGCGGUACCUUGCUUUCUGUUAAGCGUUGUGCUUUGUACUCUUGAAACCGUUAAGGUUUGUUGUAUAUAUAAUUAUUGAUUUGUUUAUUAAUAGUACCGUAGAAACAGUGACCGGCUUCUUGUUUGUUCUGGACCGGGAUAGCCUUUAUCUACGCGUGACUUAAUUUCAAGCAAUAUUGCGCUUACAGUACUUAACGGUUUACUUAACGUAGUACAUAACGCUAAAGGGAUCGAGACCGUACUGAACUGGUCAGUACUUAACGCUAAACGGAUCGAGACUUUACUUAACUGGUCAGUACUUAACGCUAAAGGGAUCGAGACCAUACUGAAUUGGUCAGUACUCAACGUCAAACAGGAUCGAGACCGUACUGAAUUGGUCAGUACUCAACGGCAAACAGGAAAGACCGUACUGAACUGGUCAGUACUGAACGUUCGUCCAGAAGAAACUGUGGUGAAUUGGCCGCACGCAACGUUGUUGAAAAUACACUUUUCUUUGGAACAAUGCAAACGAGAUCAGGGAAGCAAAUUUCGGAGCAGCAGUCGGAGAGUCGGCAAGCCCCCAUUUUUAUAAAUGAUCAUGUUGAUAAUCUUUCGUGCCCCGGCUCUCAUGUCAGUAGUUCGAAAUCAUCAUUAUCGCGAAUAACUAGUGCUCAGUCGUCACUUCUAAGGGCGCAGCUAAAAGAGAAACAGCUUCGACAGGAAUUAGAGUUAGAGAAAAAGUUGCUAAAGGCUAGACAUGAUGUCGAAAUGGCCGAGCUGCAUGUGAAGUUAGCCACGGACGACGAACGGAACAUUGAGGAAUAUGAAAGAGGCAGUGUCAUUGAUAACCGGGAGCAGCUAGAACGAUAUGUGAAAGAUUGUGCCGCAAUGGCUGGCGGGGACGCUCCUGUUACGGUCAGGAAGAGCGCGGUCGUAGAGAAACUUGACAUGCCUAAGGUUGAAAGCGGGGACGCUCCUGUUACGGUCAGGAAGAGCGCGGUCGUAGAGAAACUUGACAUGCCUAAGGUUGAAAUGUCCUAUUUUGAUGGCAACGGUACUGACUACUUGAGAUUUACCAAGGAAUUCGAGUAUUAUGUCGAGAAUAGAGUAAAGGACCCUGGUCAAAGAAUGUUAUAUCUGUUGCACUAUUGUAAAGGUCGAGCUAAAGCAGCCAUACAGGAAUGUGUGAUCUUGCGUCCUGAGAGUGCGUACGCGCGAGCUAAGGGUAUCUUACAGGAUCUGUUUGGGGAGAUCCACGUCAUCGCACGAAACCGUAUUGAAGACAUGAUUAGAAGCCUACGACCUGUGGCAGAAGAUGGAGAAUCUCUAUCCCGUCUAUCAAUACAGCUUCAGAAUUGCCUGAUUGCCCUAACUGAAAUGAACUAUUUGUCGGACUUAAAUUCCGUAACAACUCUCGAGAGAAUAGUACGCAUAUUGCCGAUAGCAGUUCGAAGGAAUUGGGCCAGACUAGCAGACGCAAGAAAUCAAGAAGGGCAAGAGCCAUCUUUUCAGGAUCUUUGCCAGUUUGUUUCUACAGAGGCAAGAGUGGCACGAAGCCGAUACGGACGCCUCGUUUCAGAGGGCUUUAACC